ACUCGACUCUCUCCGCCACCGUCAUCAUCCGUACACACGGCGGCGACAGGCGCUCCGGAAUCGGCAGGGACGAGUCUCCCCCGCCGCCGUCCUCCUUCUCUGAAGAAUAAAAACAGAAGAAAGGAAACACCAGCGGACACACACGAUCCCCUGGAAAACUCCGAUGGAUUAGUCUGAUUUUCUGUGACGAUAGAGAAUGGGCUGUGUCCAAUGUAAGGAUAAGGAAGCAGCGAAACUCACUGAUGACCGGGAGACCAGCCUGUCGCACAACUCGGGCUACCGCUAUGGGUCGGACCCCACGCCGCAGCACUACCCCAGCUUCGGCGUCACCACCAUCCCCAACUACAACAACUUCCACGGCGCGGCCACGCAGGGAGUGACCGUCUUCGGAGGGGUCCACUCGUCCACGCAGUCUGGGACGCUUCGGUCCAGAGGAGGAACAGGGGUGACUCUGUUCGUGGCUCUGUACGACUAUGAAGCCAGGACUGAGGAUGACCUCAGCUUCAGAAAGGGGGAGCGGUUCCAGAUCCUCAACAGCACCGAGGGGGACUGGUGGGAGGCUCGCUCCCUUACUACAGGUGGAACUGGAUACAUUCCCAGUAAUUACGUUGCUCCAGUGGACUCGAUCCAAGCCGAAGACUGGUAUUUUGGUAAAUUGGGUCGAAAGGAUGCAGAGAGGCAGCUGCUUUCUGGUGGCAACGCUAGAGGCACCUUCCUCAUUCGUGAGAGUGAAACAACCAAAGGGGCCUAUUCUCUUUCCAUCCAGGACUGGGAUGACGUCAAAGGAGACCACGUUAAGCACUAUAAGAUCCGUAAACUAGACAAUGGAGGCUACUACAUCACCACCAGAGCCCAGUUUGAGACUCUCCAACAGCUAGUUCAGCACUACUCUACCAGGGCUGCAGGGCUGUGCUGCAGACUAAUCGUGCCGUGCCACAAAGGCAUGCCUCGUCUGACCGAUCUGUCCGUCAAGACCAAAGACGUGUGGGAGAUCCCGAGGGAAUCGCUGCAGCUCAUUAAACGCCUCGGCAAUGGCCAGUUUGGAGAAGUCUGGAUGGGCACAUGGAACGGUACUACCAAGGUGGCGGUGAAGACGCUGAAACCAGGCACUAUGUCACCCGAGUCCUUCCUGGAGGAAGCUCAGAUCAUGAAGAAGCUCCGACACGAUAAGCUGGUGCAGCUGUAUGCGGUGGUGUCUGAGGAACCCAUCUACAUCGUCACUGAGUACAUGAGCAAAGGAAGUUUGCUUGAUUUCCUUAAAGACGGGGAAGGACGAGGCCUCAAACUGCCAAAUCUAGUGGACAUGGCAGCUCAGGUGGCCGCAGGAAUGGCGUACAUCGAGAGGAUGAACUACAUCCACAGAGACUUGCGUUCUGCCAACAUCCUGGUAGGAGACGGCCUCGUGUGUAAGAUCGCUGACUUCGGUCUGGCUAGGCUCAUCGAGGACAACGAGUACACGGCGAGACAAGGUGCAAAGUUCCCCAUAAAGUGGACCGCUCCCGAGGCGGCGCUCUACGGGAAGUUCACCAUCAAGUCCGACGUGUGGUCGUUUGGCAUCCUGCUGACAGAACUGGUGACCAAGGGCAGAGUUCCCUAUCCAGGCAUGAACAACCGUGAGGUGCUGGAGCAGGUGGAGCGAGGCUACCGGAUGCCGUGUCCACAGGACUGCCCCUCAUCUCUGCACGAGCUGAUGGUUCAGUGCUGGAAGAAGGACCCGGAGGAGAGGCCCACCUUUGAGUACCUGCAAGCCUUUUUGGAGGACUACUUCACAGCCACCGAGCCUCAGUACCAACCAGGAGAUAACCUCUGAACACGUCCCUCAUCACCCUAUGUCAUUACACGGGUACUCCACCAGAGAGAGCCAGACACCACCUUUUCCCUCAUCUUAGAAAAGCUUUUUGACAGAUUUUUUUGACUUCCAAACUUUACACAAACAAGGAUGAAGGACGAGCGGCAGCAAAGCCACCAUUGGAUCAAAGGAUGUUUUGGAGCUGGGCGGAGAAUUAAUGAAACGAACAACCCGAGUUACGAUGUGUGAUUUGUACAGAGUGUAAAUAUAAAUUGCUUGUUUACUUGGCUUUUUUUUGUUUGUUUGUUUGUUUAAUUUUAUAUUACUUUUGAUAAUUUGGGAACACGUGGCUUUUGUUUCUUUUUUAAUUCUAAGAUGUUUGGGAUUCACGGCUGGCUGCAGAUAGAAAAUACAACACGGUUGGUAAUAGAUGUCGUAGACUGAACUUCGGGGCGUUCUCUGACCUUUUUUACUCGACUAAUAUAAGAAUAUUUCUCUCCUCAAGGAUUCUAGAUGUACAAUAAAACCUGUUUUUGCCUUUUCUUGUUUAGUAAUAUUCUUCUAAUGCAAAGGAAUGCCUUCAUGCUUUAUACACACUAACUCAGUGCAUCAUGGAGACACGUCCAUCCCAGCUCAAACCCCACAGCAUCGGCGCUGGUAUUAAGUGCAUUCAUUGCAUUUCGGCUUAAGCCAACAAUUUUUAGAGCGGCUUCAAGUAACUUUUAGUUUAGCUUUGUGUAGUUUUAAAAAAAGGGUCUGAAACUAAUGUUUAGGUGACUGCCUAGUAUACUGAUGACAUUUUACAGUGUAUGUUGCAUUAAUGUUCAGCAGCAGGCUGUAUAAGAACUCUGAUCCUUUUUGCUUCAGCGGCCAAAAAAAUGCCACUGACAUGUUGAGAAUGAAGGAUGUGUACUCAUAUUUGUCCUUUAUGUGUAUUUUUAAAUAACAUGUUGUUUACAAGACCAUUUUUAUAUUCUUACCAGUGUUAUGUGUUACAGUUUGUUUUUUCUUUGAGUUUUAAAUGACUUGAAGCUCACUUCUGAAUGAGAACGUGUUACCCCAGGAUUAAAGCACCAUUCCAGUGUAUUUAUGUUGCUUUCCAUGGCUGGUAAAGUGAAUAACAUCUUUUAUUUUGUACCUACUUUUAUCCUAAUUUAUUAGGCAUACAAAAAGUUUUUGGUCUCAUUAUUAUUUAUUGUCUGUCUGUUUCUUGUACACAGCUGGUUUUAAAAUAAAUAAUCUUGCAAUUA